GCUCCACUCCCGGGUUCGGAACCCAGAUCCUGGAGCCCCACCCGGGGCGGAACAGGAAGACGUUCCCGCCCGUCGGGCUCCGCCUGCAGCCGCUGGCGCGAGGGGAGGGGGCUGCACCGGCGUGGGCGGCGGCCCGCGCGAGGGAGGCCGGCGGGCAGGUGGACAGGCGAUCAGGGACUGCUCCGCGGCCCCCUUUAAUCUCGUUCCCUUCCCUUCCACCUUCUCAGGGCGGCGCCUGGCAGCGCGAUGGACCUGGCCGGACUCCUGCUGGACGAAGAAGGCACCUUCUCCCUCGCCGGCUUCCAGGACUUCACAUUCCUCCCAGGACACCAGAAGCUGAGUGCCCGGAUCCGAAGGAGACUCUACUAUGGCUGGGACUGGGAAGCUGACUGUAGCCUGGAGGAGCUCUCCAGCCCUGUGGCAGACAUUGCUGUGGAACUGCUCCAGAAGGCAGCCCCCAGUCCUAUUCGUCGGCUCCAAAAGAAAUACGUAGCUCAUGUGUCCCGGGAGGCAUGCAUCUCCCCGUGUGCCAUGAUGCUAGCUCUGGUGUACAUCGAGCGGCUCCGGCAUCGAAAUCCAGACUACCUACAGCACGUGUCAUCCUCCGACUUGUUCCUGAUCUCCAUGAUGGUGGCCAGCAAGUACCUCUAUGAUGAAGGGGAGGAGGAGGAGGUUUUCAAUGAUGAAUGGGGGGCUGCCGGGGGUGUGGCCGUGCCCACUCUCAAUGCCCUGGAGAGGGGCUUUCUGAGUGCCAUGGAUUGGCGUCUCUAUACUGACCCUCGGGAGAUCUUUGAGGUGCUGAGCUGGCUGGAGAGCUGCGUGGCCGAGCAACAGGGGCGCCGGCGGGGCUGGUACACCUAUACGGACCUGUGUGUGCUGCUGGAGCAGCCUGCCUGGCAGCUGGCCCUGGGCUCUCUCUGCCAGCGCCUGGCCAAGCUGUCCUGCCUGUUGGCCAUGGCUUAUGUGAGCAGUGUGGCCCUGGCCGUGGCCUCGAUGGCCGUAAUACACCAGUCCUUAGGGCUGUCCUGCAGCCCGCCGCCUGGUCCCCCAGACCUUGGGCUGGCCUCCAGGUGCCUUCUGGAACCCUGCAUACCUUCUCCUGUGCCACGGUGCCUGCCUUCUCCUGCUAAUGUCUCUGGGUGCCUGGAAGGCGACACAGGGCUGCGUUCACUCUGGGGGAGUCUUCUGGCCUCAUUGACUCCGCCACCAUUGCCUCCCCCGGAUUCUCCUGCCCCUACAAGUCUCCUCCGUAACUGCCCCCUUUGCCAGAAGCUCCGGAAGGACUCCCCAACCUGUCGCACCUGCCAUCACCUGAACCGUACCAUCCCUACUGGGCGCCCCCGCCCCUGGUCCCACUCCCACGGCCUGGCUCCACCCUGGCCUUGGAGCCCGAUGCCUUCUCUGCUCCCGCAGCCUCAGCAGUGUUCCCUUUUCAGUGUCAUGGAGCUGGCCCGCCUCAAGUCUUUCAUUUUCCCAGGCUAGGUAGGGUCCUGAGGAAUGCAUUCGGAGGAUGCGGGAGUCCCUGAGAACCUGGAGGAGCAAAACUUAAUCUGGGUCCUUGGCCGGUCCCCUGUCCUCCUGGGCGAUGGCGCUUAAGGGGGUAGUGGGGCAGAAGGACUGACGAUCACCUGCUCUCCUAGACCUCCGGGGCUGGCUGCUUGCCCAGGGCUGUGGUGACGCCGGGGAAAGCUUCAGCUUGGUGACCCAGUCUGUGUCACAGGUGGACAGGGGAGAAGCCCCUGUCUCCCCAUUUCCCCUGGGAUCUUCUAGACUUUUGCUUUUGAGUUUCCUAGGCGGGGGGAGGGGAGGGAGGAAACAUCGGCGGGGUCCGCGUGAUGUCCCUGAGGCAGGAGAGGUGGGGACGGAUAGGGCCACUGGGGGAAGCUGGUGAGGGAGGGUGGGUGGGGCGGGAAAGUCUCUGGACACCCGUCCCCUGGACAGAGUCUAGAGGAGCCCUGGGCUGCUGGGACCUUUAACCUUGACCUUGAUUUUCCAACUUUCUCUUCCUAGUCCCCUGCUCCUGGGCCUCCCUCUCUUCCUGUCCUUUCCCGGGUGUCCUCUUCACAGGCCUCUCUGGCCACCGCUUUAUAUCUGGGUUUUUCACGCUUUUGUAGAACUAAGGUUUCAAUAAACAGUUUCGGUUGCA